AUCAGGUGCGACGUUUACCUGUUAUCAGAGCAUGGAAAGGAGGAAUAAUUAUCGGCCAGGAAGGGCUCAGUGAGGCCAUAGGCGUCGACCCAUUGCACUCUCCCUUCGUAAAACUUCCUCUCGACCAUUCCCUGCACGAGCGCGGGACAAAUUUCCCACUCCGGUUGAUAGCACGGCUUAUCCUCGGUCAGUGCUAUGUGUGCGUAGACAAACCUGCAAAAUAUUACCCCCACGGGACUGGACAACACGGGCCACUCGCUCGCCGGCGGCCACAUUGGGCUCAGGAAAUGAGUGGAGGACUUCCUCCGUUACGCUUUUGCGGUAGGCACUUUUACGGCCAGCACCAGACAUGGGCCUGUAAUGUGAUCAACCCUCCUGU